CCCGGGUUUUUGCUUAGCAAAAUAAAUUAGGGUUUCUUCUCGCAGUCGCAGCUCUCGCAUAUUCUAAUAUCUCAUAACUCUGCCGCUUUGAGUCUGUAACUCUCUCUCUCUCUCUCUCUCAGAAAGAAAAAUGGCAACUGAGGUUGUUGCUCCUCAAGCUCUGGAGAAUCCUAAUCUUGAAGUCAAGCUCUUCAAUCGUUGGACCUUUGAGGAUGUUCAGGUUAGCGACAUAUCUCUGAGUGAUUACGUAGGUGUGGUUGCUGCCAAGCAUGCAACCUAUGUCCCACAUACUGCUGGGAGGUACUCAGUCAAGCGCUUCCGCAAGGCCCAGUGCCCAAUUGUCGAGAGACUUACAAACUCCUUGAUGAUGCAUGGGCGAAACAAUGGGAAAAAGUUGAUGGCAGUGAGGAUUAUAAAGCAUGCAAUGGAAAUUAUUCACUUGCUGACAGACCUAAAUCCCAUCCAAGUUAUCGUUGAUGCUGUAGUCAACAGCGGGCCAAGGGAAGAUGCUACACGUAUUGGCUCUGCAGGGGUGGUCAGGCGUCAAGCUGUGGAUAUUUCUCCACUGCGGCGUGUGAAUCAGGCUAUUUAUCUGCUUACUACAGGUGCUCGUGAAUCUGCUUUUAGGAACAUCAAGACGAUUGCAGAGUGUUUGGCUGAUGAACUUAUAAAUGCUGCAAAGGGUUCUUCCAACAGUUAUGCCAUCAAGAAGAAGGACGAGAUUGAGAGAGUUGCCAAGGCUAACCGUUGAGGGUUGGUCAGAGAAUUUUCCAUUACACAAGAGGAGAGUUUUUGUGUAAUUGUUAGAACUUUGUUUUCCCUUUCUCUUUCAUUCUCAUGAGCACAAUAUGAAUGCGGUUGGUUGGUAGUUACUGUGGUGAGGCCUUGCUUUAUUCAAGUUCCGUUUAAUUGUUAGGUUUAUAUCUUUCAGCUUUGGUGAAGUCUCUGAACUGUUCAGAUUAAAAGAAACUGUGAUGUUAGACAGUAGAGCCGCAUGAUCCGUCAUAUUACUUUUUGUUUGUAUUCAUCUCUAGUUAUUUGUGCUUUGUGUGUUGAACGUGUUAUUUGUGCUCAUCAUUUGAGGCUGAUGAUGAAAUCCACAUCACAUGCAUUGUGGUUUCACAACAAGAACUGAGGAUGUUUGUGCUCGAAUAAACGUUGCAAUAGUUUAUGUUUA